AUGGAAUCAAAGACUAGACUAGUUUCCACCCUACGCCUACUGAUCCCCCGUCUUCGCCUUCUUCAAAAGAAAGACACAGCCUCCUCAGUCGUCCAACGCCGUGAACUCUCCCAGCUCCUCAGUGAAGGCCGCGAUGCAUCAGCGCGCAUUCGAGUCGAAAAUGUCAUUGCUACCGAUAUCGCAGUGGAAGUAAUGGAAAUGGUCGAGCUCUACUGUGAGCUGCUGCUGGCGCGCGCAAACGUGCUGGAUCAAAUGGCCUUCAGCGACCAGGGGACUCGCGCCAGACUUCGCGCCAAGGACUUACUCAAGAAGCGCUCCCAUGAACACGCUAGUGCUGCGGUAUCAACUACGGCAGGCGUUAAGGGCGCUGGUGAUAGCACUGGCUCGCGAUUUGGGUUCUCUUGGCUGGGAGGAGGAGGGCAGAAGAAGGAGGCUGAACGGGUCGCGCCUAUAACAGCACCUGGUAGUGCCGCAGAAGACUCCAGCGACGGGCUUGCGGAUGAAGAGAACCCUUACAUGGAUACUGCGCUCGAUGAGGCUGCUACUGUAGUCUUCUACGCGUGGCACCGCUUUCCGCAUGAGGUGCGGGAAUUUACCAUGCUUCGCACUAUGCUAGGCGAGCGAUACGGCAAGGAGUUCAUGACUCUGGCGCAAGAUAAUAAGGUCGAUACUGUCAAGGUUCCGGAUAGGCUCCUCAAGAGCUUGCGUGUGCGUCCGCCAGGACAGGAACUUGUUGAGAGUUACCUCCGAGAAAUUGCGAAAGCAUACGGUGUUGAGUGGCGUGGAGCCGAAGAAGAGUUAGGAAGUGCGCCGCCAGAAUUUGUGGAGGAUCUCGGUGAUGGUGGUAAUGGCGAUGCAGAGGAACCCCAAUUACCGCAAACUCCUGGCAAGCAGCAAGGAGACUCGGCGUUGAGGCCGAACAUCUCUGAAGCGAGACGCGCCUCGGAGACCAGUGAAUUGACCAAAGCUACACCUCCCCGUGGACUCGCUUCGGGCCGAAGUCCUGUUAGCGUUGCGCCGCCAGCUCCCAGAAUGGACAAUCUCAAUCCCAGAGUCAAGCUUCCCGGCACAGAGGGGAAAGCCUCGGCUGUCCCUAAAGAGGAUGGUGCCUCCCAGCACAAGAUUAACAACAGUGGGAUACCCGAGCUGGAUGAACUGACGCGAAGAUUUGCGGAUUUGAAGAGGAGACCAUGA